AUGAAAGCCAUGAGGAAGAGAUGGAAGUUGAAUUGGUCGGAGGUUUGCUGUAAUUUCACGAAAAAUAGAAAAAGAUUGUCUGUGGAUUAUGGGAAAAAGUCAAAGCUCGGUUUCACCAUAUACCCAUCUCCCCAGGUGUCAACAGCAGUAGUGGAGCCGUACAACAGCGUGCUGUCGACCCACUCCCUUCUGGAGCACACGGACGUGUCGAUCCUGUUAGACAACGAGGCUAUUUACGACAUUUGCCGCAGGUCGUUAGAUAUCGAACGCCCCACCUACACUAACCUCAACCGCCUCAUCUCCCAAAUCAUAUCCUCCCUAACUACCUCUUUAAGGUUCGACGGGGCCAUUAACGUUGACAUCACCGAAUUCCAGACAAACCUUGUCCCUUAUCCUCGUAUCCACUUCAUGCUCUCGUCUUACGCCCCCGUCAUAUCAGCCGCCAAGGCAUAUCACGAGCAGCUAUCUAUUCCCGAGAUCACAAAUGCAGUUUUCGAGCCAUCGAGCAUGAUGGCUAAAUGCGACCCAAGGCACGGCAAGUACAUGGCCUGUUGCCUCAUGUACCGUGGGGAUGUUGUCCCGAAAGAUGUUAAUGCCGCUGUGGCCACCAUUAAGACCAAGAGGACAGUCCAGUUUGUCGACUGGUGCCCUACGGGCUUCAAAUGUGGAAUAAACUACCAACCUCCAACAGUUGUGCCUGGUGGGGAUCUGGCCAAGGUGCAGCGGGCCGUGUGCAUGAUCAGCAACAAUACUGCUGUGGCAGAAGUGUUCUCGCGUAUAGACCACAAAUUCGAUCUCAUGUACGCCAAACGGGCCUUUGUUCAUUGGUAUGUGGGUGAGGGCAUGGAGGAAGGAGAGUUUAGCGAGGCCCGUGAGGAUCUCGCUGCGCUUGAGAAGGACUAUGAAGAGGUUGGUGCUGAUGGUGUGGAGGAUGAUGAGGAUGAUGAAGCCCAAGACUAUUGA